AACUUAAACCUCACAUCAUUCUAAAGCAAAUCCUGUUUUUAUAUAUCUCAAGUCUCAACUCGUCGAUUUUGACAUAAAUGACAAAAUGAACGAUUUAUUCAGCUAUAGGUACAGUUUUUGAUUGGACUAUACGGAAGGGUAUGUAAAUCAUCUGUGACAGUACAGGUUUUAUAAGAGGCGGGGCUUCCCUGGACUCACUCAUUCAGAAUAAAAACGAUGAACAGAAACAGUAAAGGACGAUCUUCACACAUGCCUGAAAAAAUGGAACCACAAAAAGGCAAAAAAAGGAGGAGGGGGGCCAUCAAAGAUGAAGAAAAAACACAUUUUGAUGAGAUGUGCCAUAAUCCAAAACUCCACUGUCAGAAUCAGUGUUGCUCCAAGGAUGGAAACAAGAGCAACAAAAGUGCACAGAGCAAAGCAACGGGUUUGUUUUGUGUUGUCAAAUGUUUAAAUGUUACCUUUCGUACUGUAUGUUUUACCUUUCGUACUAUAUGUUUUACCUUUUGUACUAUAUGUUUUAUACUGUGUAACUGUUUCAAGGGUGGUUCCACAAUUGCUCUCUAGAAAUUGUGGGUUGAAUAUCCAAUUCAUAACACUUUAGAUCAAAAGAUGGGUUACUUCAAUCCAAUUUAUUUUUACUGGUAUAAUAUUAAAGAAAACAAGUGAUGUACAACUUUAAUUGUCUAAUACCCAUUAAUUUUUUAAAUAUUAAAUAUAUUUUUAAAAAUAAUAUUUUAGUACAAAUAAAUAUAAAUAUAAUAUAAAGAAAUAUUAUCAAAUAAUAUAUUGAAUAUAUUUUAAAAUACAUAUUUUUUGGAAAACAUGGAUCCAUCCACAAUUGAUGCAUUUGACAAACCCAAAAUAACCCAGUAUUACCAAUGGGUUAAUAAAACAACCAAGCAUUUUCUAGAGAGUUUUGUUUUUAGAGGAGUCUGUUUGGAUGGAGAUGGUGUAUUUCUGGCUGCUGAAUGUGAAACAAAAGUGAAAGAAUAAAAAUAAAAUAAAAAUGAAUAACAAUAAUAAUAACAAUAAUGAUAAUACUUUGAUUUGACAUCAUAUAAAGCCCAUAUACUAGUAAUGUAAUAAUGUGAACACACAUUCUUAGCAUUUUGGCGGCCAGAUAUACAGUGCAUUGCGCCUACAAUGAGACAUCAUUCUUUUAAAACAAUCAAUUAUUCUACAAUACGGGAUUGAAAUGUAAAUAGGCUAAGUAAUUUAUCAGUUAAUUUAUAAAAAAUUUCAAAUGAAUGUCUCAGAUUCUGAAUAAAUAGAGAUUGAAAUUCAAACUGAAAUGGCUUGAUAAGUAUUCAACCCACUCCUCCCAUAACCAGGUGAACAUAACACCUGACAUCUCAAAGUCGCGUUCCAUCCACCAUGUGUCAACAUUCCUUGGAACACAGUCAGCUUUUGAAAACUUCACAGCUAAGGCUGGAAAACUUCUUUGGAAAGUUUCUGACAGCUUCGAAGAACUACAAAAUACACAAAAUCCAACUACAUAAAUGUCUGAGGAAAAAAAGCAUUCUGCACAAUCUUGCUUCUACAUUGUCUUGACUGAGGUGGCGAUAGGCCUAUAACUCAUCCCAGGAUCUCGUGAUGAACACUGGCCAUUUUUAUGCCUUUACAGCAGUGCUGACAAGUAUUGACUUAACGCUCAAAUGAUCAUGUGCUGCCAGCAAUAGGACCAAUGAUGAUGAUGUGCUCUGAAGCAAAUCCUCAACAGUUUGUUAUGGAAGAUUCGCCAAGCUAAACGGGGAAUACGGUGAUGGACAAAUCUAACAGUCACAAAGUGGUUGAUGCUUAUCAAGUUAUAUUAAGAUGUAGAUGUGCAGUGCUUGAAGUGCAGGUUCACUGUCUGGCGUGCAUGACACGCUGGGACUCUCUAGCACGACCGCGGACACUUAUAACUUCAAGCACAGGAUAUAUCGAUACGAGAAGGGUGAACUUUCUGGAGGUACUCUGUCCAAACUGUAAUACUUCUGUCUGUUGAGCCAAUAAUUCAAAUGGAACCACCUUUUAAACUACAAAUUAAUAAAAAUCUACAACAAAAUGUCCAGAGUACAUUUUUUUAACAACAUUUCUUUGGAUGUACGAACAGCAUCGGCCAUGUCGGUCACGCUGCGCAAUCGUGAAAAGCGGUCCAAAGACGGGUCUACAUGCGGGAAAAAGGUUGCAACAAUGUAAGUGCAACCUUUGGUGUGGUAAAACUCCAAUUAAGGUACCAAGGACAAUACAACUGUAUGUCAAUGUGUCAGUAGCCCAUGCUGCAAUGCAAUUAUGGUGGAUGAAGAUGGACUCACCAGUCAGAAAAAUAAAAAUAAAAAAAACAAAUCAUCUUAGAAGAUUUUAAACAUCUCUGAAAUAAGGCUCAGAGUUGGAGAUGUAUUUGGAGAAAUCAUGAAUAUUGGAGAAUUUGUAGCAACUUGUUUUGCAAGCAACAUUAUGUCAAUACCCCACUUUAUACUGGAGGGCACACACCUUCUCAUCCCCUGCCUUGGUUAUAGGCAAGAACAAGUUCACUAUUUCGUCAAAUGUUUGAGGUACAAUAGAAGAAGAAUGCAUUGGGAAAAGGACUAGAUGAUUGCUUUCUGAAAAAGCAAAGCUUAACCAACCCUGUUCCAGUACAUUAUCAAGGACAAGACCUGCAAGCAAUUUGAUCCCCACUAUAAUGCUUUAAUAUCACUGAAUGUGUUGUGUGAUAUGCAAUCUGACUGGAUAUAUCAGAUAUUUUGGAGGGAAGUUUUCUUUGUUACAUGAACAUCAAGACGUUGUCAACGAAUGGACCAAUAGAUUUUGAUGCAAAUGCCUGAAACGGCCACAGCACAUGGCAUUUUCUUCAAGAUUUGUCUCAAAGGAAUGUUUUACCAGCAACAACCUUUGUUGCCAGCACUUUGGUAGAUGGUUACAUGUAUCCAAAAGCUUCCAUCCAAAAAUAUUUGGGACACUUCUCCUGUUUUGAAGAGAAGGAACUGAUGCCAUUUAAAAGUGUAUUAAUUAUGCACCUCAUGAUUGAGUUUCUUUGAGGAAAUGUUCUGCUUCAGCUUUUCUUCCUUCAUGGAUUCAUCAAACGGACCACGUGGCAGCAUGAGCUCUGAACAGUUUCUCUCUUCUUGUUCUCGUUCUGAAGAACAUACAAUGAAGAAGACUCGUCGAGGACCACACCUGCCCGAUCAUUCACAUCGCCUUCAGCAUCUCACGCGUCAAACCAAAAAGACCAAACAAAGAAGGCCAUUUAUAGGUAAGAAUAAUGUGCGAUUGCGACUGAUUCCUUUUUUCUUUUCUUUUUUGAAUGCAUAUUUCAGAUCUUCACUAAUCGUCAAUAAUUUUUCAGCAUCAACAAAGCAGUGAAAACUUCUUCUGAAAAUGCAGUCCCAAUUGAAAACUCCUCUGCCAAAAGCCUGAAAAACUCUGAUUCAGAAGAAGUGUGUUUUCCUGAGACCAACCUGAAUGCUGGGCCUUCAUCUGAGGAUGACACAAUUGAACAGAACAAAAGAGAUACUCCCAAGAUCACAUCGCUGUCUCGUAAAGAGGAGCCAUGUUUGUCAUCUCUCAAGUCACCAAAGAGACCUUUAUUUAACUGCCCACCUGAAGAUGAAACUUUCAUUGCGGGAAAUGGCAAAAGGAUAAGAAAAGGUGACUACAGUCAGCCUGAGGACUACAAAGAGCCUGAGGAAAGCUCAUGUUUGGAGGAAAGAGGGAACAAUCAGUCUAAUCGUGAGGGGACUGAAAGCAGGCCAGAAGUUGUUCUGUCAUUCGAGCAAGAGGUUAUGAACGAGAAGAAGUUUUUGAACGAUACUCCUGAUACAAUUGAUCAAGGAUCAGAUAAUCAAAACUCCACCGCAAAAAUACCUGACCAACCAUUUGAAGUGCGUACAUCCUGGGAAGGGUGUGCGGUUCAGAAAAUUAAAAACAUUGCUGACAGGAGCAUCGAAGACUUAGACAUGAACAAUAACAACGGUGCAACCAUCAAAAUAAUCAAUUUUUUCCACUAUGCCAAAAUAAUUAUUUUUCUCCUUGAAUUUUGGUAUAAACAAGAAAAGCAUAAUAGGCAGGAUAUCAUCUUUCAAGUUGGUAGAUUCACAAUACGGUUGCAAGCAAGUGAUCUGUACUGUUGUCCAGUCGGAAAAGAUGAAAAAGAUAACAGAAAUCUUAAUUAUGCAACAAUGAAAACAUCAAAAGAGUUCAAUAAAAAGUAUUCUGAGACACUUUGGAACUACAUGGUGGGGAACCAUGACAAAGUUAAAUCUUAUGUACAGACCCCUGAAGACGCCACUGCAAUAUGUGCCAUUUUGUUCUCAGAAGUGAUUCGGUAUCCUGACAUGUUUUUCCACAACAUCUUAAUGAUGAUACAUUAUAAAUCAUGGGAUAAGUUUUGUGACUAUCAUCCCAUGGUAACCGGAGGAACAUGGAAACAUCAGAGAGAAGAUGUCCCAAUAAAGGUUAAAAAGAGAAAACAUCAAAACCUUUUGUUUUGUGCUCAGAAGAUAAUAAGGAAUGAGGGAAAAAGAGACACUCUAUUCCAAGUUACCUCCACAGUUUGAAGAAGUGCCUUGGAGAACACCCUCUGAUUGCAAUUUUGUUUUUUUCUCUGGUGUUGGAGAGGGAAUGUCAAGUGAGCCAACUGCAUUGGCUUGACUAAAAGAAAAAAAAUAAUAAUGCGGUUUAGACUGCUUUAUAGAGCUAAAGUUAACCCCGUGUUAUGCUAUAGACUGAUUAACGCAGUUUGUUGUUGUAGUUUGUUAUUUUAGUUUGUUUUGUUUGGUGUGUCGGACGCGGGUACACUGCUUUGCAGUUGAGCUGCAUGUGGGCGCACUGAAGAGGUUUCUUUUUCUUUUUUUUUUGUUUUCUUGAUGGGGUAGCUCUUAAACAUUCUGAAAAUAAUUCUUGCACUUGCAACCUCUACAGUAUUCUGCCAAUCAAACACCAGUAAGGAAUUACUUUCUAAAUCUUAUUAUCAACUUCGACCUUAACCAGAUUAAUUGCUGAAGGGAAAGUGGUGUCGGAUCUGAGAGUUCAACUAAUGAUCAUCAGGGUUUGAUUCUCAGCCCUGUAAUAUUGUGAAUAUGGUUAAAUUCCUACCUACAUUUAAUGAGAAAAAUCCAGAUGUGUUUUUCUCUUUAUUUGGGAAAAUUUCUGAAGAAAGAGCGUGUGAAGAGGCUUCUAUUGCCCUAUCAAAACCUGAACGAAGAGAUUAUGCAAUCGUUUUAACUCAUAGAAGCAAUAACGAUGGUGAAAUCAUGGGGUUCAAUCUGUUAACCCAAAAUUUGAUAAAAAUCGAAAAAAAAAAAAAAUGUAUUUAUUUAUUUAAAACAAAAAAUGUAUUUAUUUAUUUAUAAUAUUUAUAUAUUUUAUAAUUUUAUACUAAACAUGUUUUACAUGUACAUUUUGUAUUGUUUCUUUAAUAAAUAUGAUUUUUUA